AUGGAUAACGCGGUCAAGAUGCCAUCCCAAACCUCGCUGUUCCAGGUCUAUCUGCGACUUCGCCCGCCAUUCCAAGUUCCGCAGUUAAAGCAAAAGCCUGAACCAUGGCUCAUCGUGGAACCGCCGAACUCGCCAGCUGAGCACGAUGAAAAUCCUGGCAAUAACUUCUCUAGCCAUAUCACGCUACAACCUCCCAACGACUCGAGAAAGCGAGCAAUCGAGAGAUUCGGGUUUACGAAGGUUUUUCAAGAAGAGGCCACGCAAUUAGACAUAUUCGAUGAGACGGGCGUAGCGGACACAAUCAAGAGCGUGCUGCAGACCGGAAGAGAUGGACUUGUGGCUACACUGGGAGUUACAGGCAGUGGGAAGAGCCACACAAUCCUAGGAUCCAAGUCUCAACGAGGCCUCACACAGAUGACUCUCGAUGUCCUUUUUAGAUCAAUCGGCGAACAUAUACGUCGACCGCACCACCCAGAUCUGCCCACAGACACCAACCUCCUCUCCACUCUUCAAGCAUCUGAUCCUACAGAAGCCCAGAUCUGGUCCGCAACUACGUUUCUCGAGUCGAUUUAUGCCGAUGGCGACCGAGCCAGAUUAUCCCGAGCUCAGACCCCCAUGUCACGAGCUCAAACCCCCAUGAUGGUAGGCAUUGACAAGAAUGAGCUUCCCGGCUCAUUUCCCGCACCUCCCCGAACACGCACAAACACAAGCACCGUUGCAAAUUCAUCGCCGUUGGCAUUUCUCUCAGACCACUUUACAAAAAGUGCUAUGUCAACCACCCAAAUGCUGCUGAGUACCCCUACGGCGUUUUCUUCGCCCAAGAAGUACCCCUGGCGGCCCCCGUCCAAAGUCGCAUUUCUAUGUCAUUUGAAAAGCUUGAAGAAGUCCCCUGCUAAACCUUUGGUCGUUAAGGAAUCUAUCGGCCACUCAGUUCGAAGACCCCCUCUGCCCCAGCCGUCCACGUUCCCACAGCGUCCUGACAUAGCAGGCUUUGCGGUGGACAUCGACCGGCAAGCCGAAUACGUCGUCCUCGUAUCCAUGUACGAAGUAUACAACGAUCGUAUUUUCGACCUCCUCUCAAAUCCUACAUCACCCAAUGCUCCACCCACAUCGACGCGGCAGGGAGCAGCUCUGCAGAAAGGCUUGCUGCGGCGUCCAUUACUGUUCAAGAACACUGAAAUGUCUCCCGACAUGAAGGUCGUUGCUGGCCUCCGGAAAGUUGUAUGUGGAAGCUAUGAUGAAGCAAUGAUGGUUCUAGAAACGGGCCUCACUGAGAGAAGAGUGGCAGGAACUGGCAGCAAUAGUGUCAGCUCUAGAAGCCAUGGCUUCUUUUGCAUCGAAGUGAAGAGGCGAAUGAGGUCAAAUCAUAAUGGCGGGUAUUUGAUGGCGUAUCAGUCCCCCUGGACUGGUGGAACCAUGACCAUCUGUGAUUUGGCCGGCUCUGAACGUGCUCGCAAUGCCAAAACUACCGGAUCGACGCUGGCCGAAGCAGGAAAGAUCAACGAAAGCUUGAUGUACCUUGGGCAGUGUCUGCAAGUCAUCAACGACUGCCAACAAGAGGGCAGUAAACCCAUCGUUCCGUUUCGACAGUGUAAGCUCACCGAGCUUCUAUUUUCAAAUUCCUUUCCAUCGUCAAACCAGGUUGCCACAUGCAGACCGCCGCAAAAGGGCGUGAUGAUUGUCACCGCUGAUCCUUUGGGGGAUUUCAAUGCCACGAGUCAAAUUCUGAGGUAUGCAGCUAUGGCUCGGGAGGUCACUGUUCCCAGGGUCCCCAGUGUGACCAGCACGAUCUUGGGCGGUGGAAUUCAAGGCAAAGCGGCACAGACUGGCAGGUCCACUCCGCACGAUGUUGCAAGCCCUUAUUUCAUCACGAAGGAACUGGAGCAGGCAACUCAUGAGGCGGCAAGACUGGCCGAAGAAUGCGAUUUCUUGGCCGUCAAACUUGCAGAGGAAGAAAUCAAGCGCACCGAGGCAGAACUGAAGCUGCAGGCAGCGGAAGAGAAACUCGCGGUCAUGGAGCAAGAAGUACGCGAGGAAUGCUGGACAGAGAUGGAGGAACGAUUGGACGAAGAGCGAGAAAGAUGGAGAGCCGCAUGGGAGCAAGAGAGAUUGAGAGGAGAGGCGUACGUGGACGGGAAGCUGGAGAUUCUCGAGAAAACAGCAAAGAUCACGAUCCACGAAGAUGCUCCCAGUGGGAGGAUCGAAGAGCUCGAGAGAGAAAAUGAGAGUCUUCGGACCAAGUUGCGAGCUCUGCAGCAGGAGAUGCAAACAAGAAGCCCAACCAAGAAGUCUCGAGGAACAGCAGCGUCCAAGUCUCCUGUCAGGGGAUUGGUUCUGCAAGAGUCAUCCAACGUCAACAUUGCGACCAACCCGUUUCUUGCUUCACUGAGGGCGUCGGCCAAAGACAGAAAUAGUGAGGCAACGAUCAAGGCCAGAACGAGCGAGGACAGGCUGGAUGUAUGUGAUGUUUCGCCCCGGAAGCUGUCGUUGAGGAGCUCAAGUGCAACCAGGGUCUCAAUGCUGGAAGACUCACAGUCUGCUGUUCCAGCGGCGAAGAAGCAACGCAAAUUGACGACGCGCAAGUGGGAUCUAGGCGACCUGGAUGACAUUUGA